CUGUAUGGCUCUGCUCUCCGGACCCGGGGACAUCCCCACGCAGCCCAGCUUCGCAGGCCCAUUUUCUCCGCAGCUCCAGUACUCUCGGGUCUCCACGCAACAAUGAAGCGUGGGCGGCCCCAGCGGCCUUAUUUGCAUAUCUCCGCGGCUUGGCCAAUGGGCUGCGUAGGGGCUUUGGAACGCAGUGUUGCCAUCGGCGUGCGCGCGUGUGUGCGCGUGUGACAGCGGCUGUGGCCGUGGCCGUGGCCGUGGGAGGCCGGCCCGGCGGAGCCCAGCCGCGCGGGGACCGGCCCCGGCGCCCGCUCCUCCAGCGCAUCGCGGCCGCGUGGCCCGGCCGAGUCCAGGGACCAGCAGCCUUGGCCGCUGCGCCGUCGCGAUGUCGGUGGCGGGGCUGAAAAAGCAGUUCCACAAAGCCAGCCAGCUGUUUAGUGAAAAAAUAAGUGGUGUUGAAGGAACAAAACUAGAUGACGAAUUUCUGGACAUGGAACGGAAAAUAGACAUUACCAAUAAAGCUGUUGCAGAAAUUCUUUCAAAAGCCACAGAAUAUCUUCAGCCAAAUCCAGCAUACAGAGCUAAGCUAGGAAUGCUGAACACUGUGUCGAAGAUCCGAGGCCAGGUGAAAACUACGGGGUACCCGCAGACAGAGGGCCUGCUGGGCGACUGCAUGCUGAAAUACGGCAAGGAGCUCGGGGAAGGCUCCACUUUUGGCAGUGCAUUGAUAGAAGUUGGUGAAUCCAUGAAGCUAAUGGCUGAGGUGAAAGACUCUCUUGAUAUUAAUGUAAAGCAAACUUUUAUUGAUCCACUUCAGUUACUACAAGACAAAGAUUUAAAAGAGAUUGGGCAUCACCUGAAAAAGCUGGAAGGCCGCCGCCUGGAUUACGAUUAUAAAAAGAAGCGAGUAGGUAAGAUACCAGAUGAAGAAGUCAGACAAGCAGUAGAAAAAUUUGAAGAGUCAAAGGAGUUGGCUGAAAGAAGCAUGUUUAAUUUUUUAGAAAAUGAUGUAGAACAAGUCAGCCAGCUGGCUGUGUUUGUCGAGGCCGCUUUAGAUUAUCACCGACAGUCCACAGAGAUUCUGCAGGAGCUGCAGAGCAAGCUACAGAUGAGGAUAUUGGCUGCAUCCAACGUCCCCAAGCGAGAAUACAAGCCACGGCCCAUAAAAAGGAGUCCCAGCGAGCUCAAUGGGGUGUCCACUGCCUCCUCAGCAAAGACAACAG